CUAGUUGUAAUCUACAGUUUGUAACCGUCAUUUUAGGUUUUAUUGGAUUAUAGUGAGCUGGCUUUGGUGUUGCCUAGCAACGUAGCACACAUUAAUGUAUUCCACUGACGGAAUCUGAUGAUGUCAAAGUGUUAUGGUGUCAUAAAAGACAUGGGUGAGGCGUCAUGCCUUAUAGGCGCUGCAUCUGAAUUAAAGUCACAGAACUCUGGAAAAAGCAGCACGAGGUUCACUUUUACUGUCUUGGAUUUAAGGUUGCAUUUUGUUUCGUAGAUUUUACGAUACAACGGUCUGGCCGUCAAAAUGUUGUCAGGUGACAGUGAUUUGUUAACAAAGGCCCAAAUCAGACAAAUGACCAGAGAUGAACUGGUUAUCGUGGUCCUGGAAUGGUUAAAAAAGUUCAGAGAAAGAGCUGGGAUACUGAUUAAGGAGAACACAAGGCAGCAGGACUUGGAAAAUGCUCACAAACAAAUUGGGCUUUUACAGGAGAAAAUCGAGUCAAUCACCAAAGAGCUAAACUGGUCUCUCAAGCACAACAAAUUCCUGGAAUGCGAGCAAAUCCCCAAAUUGAAACUGGAGAUUGAGCAACGCGGCUCCCACAGGACUCAGUUGGUGUCUGACUUAAAGCAGUACAAAAAUAAAGUCAAAGAGCUUCAAAACACUUUAAAAAAAGCGAUGAGGGAAUCAAAACUCCAGAUCGACAAGGUCUUGGCAGAAAAAGAGCAUGUGAUGUCUCGAAUCCCAUCAUGCAAUGUGAAGAUUGAGAAGUAUCGAAGUGAAGUGCAGAAACUGGAGGUGGAGUUAACCCGAAAGAAUAACGAAAUUGGCAUGAAGAAUACUGACAUUUUCAAUGAAAAAGAGAAGUCCAGACUUCUGGAGAGCAAGAUAAGAUCUCUGGAAAUGCAGUUGAAAGAGACAAUGAAGGAAAAUAAGAACCUUGAAAAGAAACUUUCAAAGACUCCUAUGGAGGAAGCCAUAGACAGAACGAAGAUAGAGUUUAAAGCGAGGAUUGAUUUAUGUCCGGGCGUUUUAGCUGAGGAAAGAGAGCGAAACAAGGGAUUAGUAAAACGUCUGUUGAUGAAAGAUCGCCAAGUGAGUAAACUGUUGGAGAAACAGGCUAAACAGGAAAGAGAGGCUGUGGUUGUGAAGAAAAGCUUUGAUCACUCAAUGUCUGAUUUUAUUAUUAGAGACCUCAAGAAAAAAAAUGAAUCCUUGAAUGGCCAAAUAAAGGCUCUAUUAGAAAACAGAGAGAGGGAUCAAGCCCACAUCAAAGAAGUCACCAACCAACUGUUGAAAAUGAGAGAACAGUACUGCACUGACAGGAUGAAACGUGAGACCAAAGAGGCUAGGGUAGACGAUUGCAUUGCUUUGCUACGACCUGGAGAUGAAAGCAAAAUUGAGACUCGAUCCACCAAGAAACCACCAGGACUUCUACUCACCGCUGACAAAUUAACCCUGCUGACAGCCCAAAGAGACCCAAUUUGCAACCGAAGAAUUGUGCUUCUGAGCGAAGGCAAGAUACAGCCAAACUUUAAAGAAGAUUUCACAAGACAAGCACCGUUAGAGUUCAGGCCAGUGCCCCCUCCCAAAAGGAAGUCUGAAACGCCAGCUCUUAAACCGUCAAACAGGCGAAACUCACGGAAACUGAGCGAGAAAACAGACAGCGGGCAACCUGGCUGUCUGAGCGGGAAAACAGACAGCAGGCAACCUGGCAGCAGGAGAGGCACUACAGAUGGGAACGGUGAAGAACCCAUGUUGGGAAUUAAAGGCAACAGUAUAUUAUGAGGGAGAUGUUCCUCUCAACGGUGACUGCUGAGGAUGAGACACUGUAACAUCUAUUACUCAACUGGAUGGAUGGAUGGA